AUGCAGAGAGUCGCAUAUUGUCUAGUUCUAUCAAUUAUUUUCCUACCAUUUUUAGUAUUUUCGCAACAAACCAACAACGUUUCUGUAUCUGUCGGGGCGUCCCUCACCGCUAUCGAUGAUGGCAAACCUUGGCUUUCGCCUUCUGGAGAUUUUGCCUUUGGGUUCCAAAAAGUUCAAGGGAAAGAUGGUUUCUUGUUAUCCAUAUGGUAUGACAAAAUACCUGAGAAAACAAUAAUAUGGAAUCCAGAAGGAAGUCCUAUAGUGCCUAAAGGGUCAAAAAUCGAGCUAAAUGAUAGGCGCGGGUUAGUACUGAGUGAUAAUCAAGGUAGAGAGGUAUGGACUUCUGGGACUAAUUUAGAUAUUGGAUAUGGGGUUAUGAAUGAUACUGGCAACUUUGUCAUUAUUGGUAACGAUUCUCGCAAGAUAUGGGAAAGUUUCGGUUUUCCAACAGAUACUUUGUUGCCUAGUCAGGUAAUGCAGAGAGGUGGGGCGAUUUAUUCAAGAAAGAGCAGAACAAACUUUUCUAGAGGAAGGUUUCAACUGCGUCUGCUUCAAGACGGAAAUCUUGUUCUAAACACCCGAGAUAUAGUAUCUGGUUAUGCUUACGCAGAUUACUAUGCUACUAAAACCAAUGAUCCUGCCAAUCAGUCAAAUUCAGGGGAGCAACUGGUUUUUGAUGAGAUAGGCUAUUUGUAUAUAAGGAGACGAAAUGGGCAAAAAUUCGAUCUUACUCCAAACCAAGAACUCCCAUUUGGAGACUAUUAUCACAGGGUUACACUAGAUUUUGAUGGUGUUUUUACCCAAUACUAUCAUCCAAAGGUUUCUACGACUACUAAUUCAAGUUGGGGAACUGUAUGGUCAUAUCCUGAAAACAUAUGCCUUAGUUUCCGUGGUUCUGAAGGUAGUGGGGCUUGUGGAUUUAACAAUGUCUGCAGCCUUAACGAGAGUAAUCGACCAAAGUGUGAGUGCCCAAGAGGGUUUUCGUUGGUUGAUCCUAGUGACCCGUAUGGUGACUGCAAGCCAUAUUUUUAUCCAAGUUGUGAAGACCAUGAGGUCAAGGUAGUCACAUUUGAUUUUGUGGAGCUCAGUGACAUCGAUUGGCCAUAUUCUGAUUACGAAAUCAUAAACCCAACUACAGAAACUGACUGCAAAGCUUCUUGCUUGAAUGAUUGUUUCUGUGCUGUUGCAAUUUACCGUGGAAAUAAAUGCUGGAAGAAAAAAUUUCCACUCUCCUUCGGAAAAGUAGACUAUUCAUUAAGUGUGAAAGCUUUUCUUAAGUUCCGGAAAGGUGAUCUUCCUCCUGAAGGCCCUCCUCGUUUUUCAGGAAAGAAGAAUGACCGACAAAGUUUGAUAAUUGUGGGAUCAGCCCUGCUUGGUACCUCUGUGUUUGUAAACAUUGUAUUGAUUGUUGCAAUUUGCAUUGGUAUCUUCUUAAUCUACCAGAGGCAGAUCAGAAAACUUGAUCUAGGUAGUAAUGGCGUUGAAACCAAUCUUGUUCGUUUUAAAUACCGUCAGCUUGUCAAUGCUACUAACGGGUUCAAGGAUGAACUAGGAAAAGGGGCAUUUGGAAUAGUCUAUAAAGGAGUUGUAGGGAAAAAUACAGUGGCAGUGAAGAAAUUGGAUAGAAUGGAUCAAGACGGUGACAAGGAAUUCAGAACCGAGGUCAAUGCUAUUGCAAGGACUCAUCACAAAAACUUGGUGCAGCUCCUUGGCUUUUGUGAUGAAGGUGAAAAUCGGUUAUUGGUUUACGAGUACAUGAGUAAUGGUACUCUAGCAAGCUUUCUUUUUGGAGACAUGAGGCCCGGCUGGAUUCAUAGGUGCAAUAUAGCGUUAGGAAUCGCUAAGGCACUUUCGUACCUCCAUGAAGAGUGUAGUACCCAGAUCAUCCAUUGUGACAUCAAGCCUCAGAACAUACUUCUUGACGAGUACUACAAUGCUCGGAUUUCUGACUUUGGAUUGGCAAAGCUUUUGCUAAUGAAUCAAAGCAGAACAAAUACAGGAAUAAGAGGAACAAAAGGGUAUGUUGCUCCUGAAUGGUUUAGGAACACCCCUGUUUCAGUUAAGGUCGAUGUCUAUAGUUUCGGUGUCUUGCUACUAGAGAUCAUUUCUUGCCGAAAGAGUGUGAAGGAAAAUGACAAUGGUGAUGAAUAUGGAGCAAUCUUGACUGAUUGGGCAUGGGAUUGUUAUCAAGAAAGGCGGUUAGAUUUGUUUGUUGAUAAUGAUUCGGAAGCUUUAAACGAUAUCAAGACAUUAAGAAGCUUUGUAAUGAUUGGUCUUUGGUGUGUACAAGAAAAUCCUUCAUUAAGGCCAACAAUGAGGACAGUUAUUCAGAUGCUUGAAGGAGUUGUUGAAGUGAACAAACCUCCAUGUCCAUUCCCUUUAUCCGUAAGCUUGAGCUAA